AUGGCGUCACACACAUAUAGCUCGUCAGUUCGAGCUGGGCCCAAACCUUCAAAUCAACCCGUGGCACCCCCCAAUUUCGCUGACCCAAACUUUGACCCUGCCGACUUCCUCAAUGACUCUCUAUCACCGCUGACUGUGGCAUCCGCCCAACCCAAUGCCUCCCGAUCACCCGGCUCUGUGCCGUUGACAGAACUGUCCGCACAAGUCCAGUCCCUCCUCUCCCAGAUCAGCGCCCAAAACAUCCGCCUCUCGAGCACAUUAUCCCAACUCACCGAUGAAAUCCUCCGAAGUGGAGGACGACUAGCCUACGAAGUCGAGGUCCUACGAGGCGAGACAAUCGGGCUGUCUGAAACCCUGACCGAAGUUCUACGCGAUGAUAUAGCAAAUUUCGUCCCGGAGCCCUCGUCAGAAGACGCGCGCAAGACAGAACAAACGGGAGAGGAUGCGCCAGCAAACGAGGACGAAGAGACAUCAGCUACAGAGGACCAAAACGUGCCUACCAUUCCCACAGACCCAGAAUAUAUAACCAACCUUCGCACACUGAACCAAGUGCGCUCCCGCCUAGAAGACGUUGUCCAAACAUUCGGCGACGCAAUGGGAUGGCCACUCCCUCCAUCCGAAAUUUCGUUCUCAUCUUCCUUCAUCUCCGUCUCAAGCCCAGAUCUUGGACCUGACGGCCAAGACCGCGAAGAAAAGGGCCAGGAAAUGAUGAAGAAACUCCGCACGGAGGUCAUCGAACUACUCAACAGCAAGGGUGGGGGACGUGCCGGGUUGGAAGACGCCAACCGCCGUGUCGAAACUCUUCGGACACUAGCGAAUGUGUGGAAUAAUUCGGCUGAAGAAAAGGCUCGUCAUCGGUUCGUGGACAGCCUUGCGAAGAUUGUGGAAGACCGACGACGCAGCCUGGACCAGCAGGCCGUGGACCAGAACCAGCGCGGACCCCGGUCCAGGCCUGAGGCUCGGCGGGAUAGUGACAGUGGGGCGCCGGCGGGUGGGCUGUUCCGAAACUUGCAGCGUCUUCGCGAGGAAAUAUACUUGGAGUGA